CAUUGGCUGCCCGAGGCUGCGAAUGCUUCAGUAGGAUGCUCCGCACCGCCCUGCGCCGCGCCGCGGCUGCGCGCCCCCAUGCGCGAAGCCUAUCUGCCGAAGCGUCGAUCACCGUCGAGUUCCCGGGAGCAUACACUGCCUACCUCUCCGAAGAACCCGCCGCAGCAGCGGAAACAACUAAGGCCGAACUGCUUGAGUACUUCAAGACCAUGUACACGAUGCGCCGCAUGGAACUUAUGUGUGACGAUCAGUACAAAAAGAGGGAAAUCCGAGGCUUCUGCCAUUUGUACGACGGUCAGGAGGCUGUCGGGACCGGCAUCCAGGCGGCCCUGUCCCCAGAGGACUCGUGGAUCACUUCGUAUAGAUGCCACUGCAUCGCGCUGGCGCGCGGCGGCAGCGUCGAGGGCGUUCUCGCGGAAUUAAUGGGCCGAUCACAUGGCCAGACGGGCGGCAUAGGGGGCUCCAUGCACUUCUACAACAAAAAGGAAAACUUCUUCGGCGGGCAGGGCAUCGUCGGCGCGCAGGUGCCGGUGGGCACGGGUCUAGCCUUCGCGAACAAGUACAAGACGCCCCUGGGCGAGCCGAUGCCGGUGGCGAUCGGCUGCUACGGCGACGGCGCGGCGAACCAGGGCCAGAUCUGGGAGUCCAUGAACAUGGCUGCUUUGUGGAAAUUACCGAUGAUCUUCUGCAUCGAGAACAACCAGUACGGCAUGGGCACGUCGAUCGCUCGCCACAGUUGCAACAACGACUACUACACCAUGGGAAACGUCAUUGCCGGGUUAAAAAUGGAUGGCAUGAACGUGCUGUCAGUGCGCGAGGGCAUGAAACACGUGCGGGACUACGUCUCCCAGGGCAACGGGCCGAUGGUCGUCGAGAUGUCGACGUAUAGAUACCACGGCCAUAGCAUGUCCGACCCAGGCAAGAUCUACCGCGACGGGGCCGAGGUCAAGGCCAUGAGGGAGAAUAACGAUCCGAUCAAGAACGUGAGGCAGUUGCUCCUGGGGCACACGGACGCCACCGAAGAUGAAUUGAAUACGAUUGAGAAGAACAUCAGGGCGGAGGUCGAGGCCGCGCGCGACCGGGCAUUGGCUGGGAGCACGCCUUCGUCAACCGACGACCUCGUGCGGAACAUCUAUCUUGAUGAACACGGCAAGGACGUGCCGCAGAGCUAUAUCCGCCUGCCCGACUACGAGAAGUCUAUUCGCGCUUAG